CUCGUUAGUUUCCCGACCAGCUUGUGUAAUUGGACUGUUUUCUGUCUGACAUUCACACACUGACUCCACAAACACGGCGAAGAAGCGGUUCAUCUAGAAGUCUCUCCACGUCUCAAGACAGAGGGUAUAAAAUGCUGUCCUCUAUCGUUGCGAAAAGACUGGUGACAGGGGUGUGUCAGGCAGCAUGGAGACCAGCAGUCACCGGGCUGGUAUCAUCUCGUGGUUACCGUGGUGAUGCCCCAGACGACACCAGAGGUGACCUCAUUGAGAUCCCUCUGCCCCCUUGGGAGGAAAAGCCUGGCGAGUCCACUGACAUCAAGAGGCGCCGCCUGCUGUAUGAGAGUCGCAAGAGGGGCAUGUUGGAGAACUGCAUUUUGCUCAGCCUUUUUGCAAAGCAGUACCUGAACACAAUGAGUGAGAAGCAGCUGCGGCAGUAUGACAGACUGAUUAAUGAACCAAGCAAUGACUGGGACAUCUACUACUGGGCAACAGAAGCUCACCCCACCCCUGAUGUUUACCAAGGAGAGGUCAUGGAUCUGCUGAAGGAGUUCACAAAGAAUCGCAACCAUGAACAGAGAUUAGAUGCGCCCAGCUUGGAGUACCUGGAAAAGGAAAACCAAUGAGGUCCAUGGCCCACCUUCUCAGAGACUCAUUUUAGGUGGGGAACUGGGUGUAAAAUCAGCCACCGGAAAAAGUCAGCUGUGUUUCUCCUGUCAUACACAGCAGAGUGUACAGAAUAUUGUACAGUGCAAAAUAUUCACUUUACUGUCUUGUACUAUACACCUGUCCAUUAAAUAUUCUCAUCAUGAAAGCCUCGAUCCAACAUUUCCUCUGCUAACUCCAGUCAUUAUAGGUAGAAGAAGAUUUCUGGAUGGUGAGGGAAGUUUGUGGAUCGGGCAAAUAUUGAUACAGCGCAAUAUUGGGAAGGUGUUCUGAAUAUUUUACAUGAUUUGAAUUGUACAUUUUUGAUUUAAGACUGUAAGAUUUAGGACUGCUCAAUCUGUGAGAUGCAUACUGACCAAGUCAGCCUUGAUGGAUACGAGGUGAUGAUCUGUUUCUUUAUUAGAAAAUUAAAAGGGAACACAUCGAUUCAUUCAAUAGCAUAGCUUGUCGAUUCAAUGAUUUUACUGUGCCUAUUACUGUCAUUAUGGGUUAUUUAAUAAAUGUUGAUGCUCUACUGUUA